UCGGGUCGCAGUUCAGGUCUCAAAAAAUCAUCUCUUGGUGGGUGACGGCGGUGACGGUUGAGCGCCAUGAAGUGCAGUGCCUUUCGCUUGGUCCUUGGCUUUACGGGACUGGCGGCCUUUCUGACUGUGGUGUCCAAUCUGCGGCAGUUGCAGGCUCACCGGGAGGACUGGCCCAAUGGACCUGAUGCACUGGACGAGACGCCCGAAGAGGUGCUGACAGCACCCACCACGCGACUGGACCGGUCCGGUGAAGCCCGGGCGCCGGAGACGUGGAUCAUCUUGCUCGCAUUCCAGCGAUCCGGCACACACUGGCUCACCCAGGAACUCAGUCGCCAUCCCUGCAUCUACGUGGCUGGAGAGAUCCUAUUGGCUCCUGGGCUUAAGGAAGACUGGUGGUCGCCGCAGAAGCGACGCGCUGGCAUCAAGACCUUUUACAACAUCUCCUUAACGCCGGAGGAGGCCACACUGGAGCUGCCAGCGGUGAGUGGCCAGUGGGCCACAGAAGCCGCGAAGGCCCUAGCCGCUGGAAAGUUCAUCCGUGGAUUUAACUGGAAGGUGAGUCAAGGCUUCCUUCAAGAUCUGCCCUGGAUCAAAAGCUUCAUCGCUGGGCACAAGGUGAAGCUCAUUUGGCUGCAGCGCCACAACAUGCUCCGGCGCUACUUGUCGAUGAUGUCCAACCGUCGCUUCCUGGUGGCGGCCACCACGGACCAGAGCGAGGCCAAACGCAUCAAGAAGGAAAAGGUGCCGAUCCCGGUGCCCAAGUUGUUGAAGGACCUCAAAGCCCGAGAAGAGGAGGUGAAGGAAUUGCAGCUUUUCUUCAAAGAGCUCAAGGGCGAUGGCCACGAGGUCUUGCAAGUGGUCUAUGAGGAGCUUGCCGACCGGAUGGAUCAGAUCCGCGGCUGGACGGUCAAAGACACCGGCUGCAGCGUCGCUGGCGAGACGGCCACGGAGUCGGAGCCCGGGUAUCAGAAACUGCAUCCUGGAAACAUCUCAGACAUGGUGGAGAAUUGGAAGGAAGUGGUCGCCGCCUUGAAGAAGACAAAGUGGGAGUGGAUGUUGAACAGCUGAG